GACCAGCCACACAACGUCCAUUACGGCGGGUAUCUCAAGGUACAUAUUCGUGCGUACAUACUCAUCUACCUCUUUCGGCAAUCCGCUUCGAGUCACCGCCCCGUGCCAACCCUCUCUCGGCCACCCGUUUCCUUGCCAUGACCUCUACUCACCCAUACUGGGGUUCCCUACCAGCCCCUGGCCCGGCCGAAAGACACCGGAGGCUUGAUUCGAUGGAUGGCCCACACCAGUUGCUGGCUGCCAGGUCCAACCGCGCCUCGACCCAGACCACAUAUACGACCAAUACCGAAGCUCCUACCGAGUCCACCACCAUGAGCCCUUUCGUUUCUCCCACCCCUUCCGCCUUUGGAGCACAGGGACUAGCUCCUAGACCGCCUUUCUUUCCCUACGCCGCCUCGCAACCACCUCCUUCCUCCGAAUCCACAGACAACCGCCAGCGCCGUCGCAGUCAGAAGAGCGAGGACCUCGAUCCACCUACCGGCCCCGCUCCACCCGCGGCUCCCGAUGUUCCCCAGCCGCCACCUACAAGCUACCGUAGUCCACCCGGCAGCGCGAGCUACUUCGCUGGCCCCCCGCGGUCAUCGCAACCGACCUCCCCGGCUUUCAGCCCAAACAGCAUGCAGCAGUUCAAUGGCUACCCUGCAAACCAGCAACCACCAGAGCCGGAGACUAGGCAUCAUGCUGCCCACCAGAGUAGGCCGCCCCCGGUCAGGGCCGCCGUGAAGAGCAAUGGCCAUGCUGCGCCAUCCGGUGGCCCCGGUCAACCUAGGAGAGGACCCACAACCCGCAGAGUCAUCACCAAGGAGGAGAAACGCGCCCGAGUGGAGGCCGCCGAGAGGCGACUAAGAGAGAAGUCGGCCGCUAACACCGACCUCUUACAACCACUAAUGCGCAACCGUUCGGCAGCCAAACCACGUCAGCCGCAGCAGGCGCAGAAGCCGCAGCAGCACAACCAGCACCAGGAACGGCAAGUACAGCAGCAGAACCAGCAACAGCAACCGCAGCAGCAACAGAGCGAGCCACAUAGGGAACGACCUGAAGAGAACAACGCAGGGCACCAUGACGAGUAUUAUGGGGGACAACAAAGGGAACGCCAUCCUGAGCAGCCCCAGCCCCAGCCCCAGCCCCAGCCCCAGCCCCAGCCCCAGCCCCAGCAGCCCCAGCAGCACCUAACUUCCCAGGUUCACCACGUGCGUUUCCAAGACCGAGCGGAAUCCAUUGGACAAAAAGAUCACCGUGAGCAUCAGUUGCAAGAGGCGCCAAUCGUGUUGCCACAGAGGACCGCGUCGGCCAACACCAGGGAGCCCGCCCCCGCCGAUUAUUCAGAGAACGGUAGAUCAUAUGGCGCUGCUGUGCCUGAGAAGCACCAGAGAGGUCUGCCAACCGCGAUGAAUGCUCCAUAUGGAAGUCAGAGAGCGACCCCUUCCAUUCCGCAGCGGAAUUUGAGUUUCCGUGAACGUGCUGCGAAGAACGACGACUUGCAACUCCCCAGCGCCGAUGCGCGAGGCAACAGUAUGGAGGCCGCUCGGCCGUUUGCACCACCUGCCACAACUUCGUCGACUCGUCGACGCUUCUCUCUCACGAGAAGCGGCAGUAACAAGCUCAGGAAAGAACCGCGCGGUGACCCGUGGUUUAGUAGGCGCAUAAAAGCAGAAAAUAGGUAUGACGACGUAUCCAACCGUAAUGCUUCCAUGGACCAGACCGCGGUUGCCAUGGGGGCUAUGCCGCCAGGCGGCGGUGCUCCAGGGCCAUCAGUGCCGGCAUCUCUUCGCGCUCAACCGCCACCCCCCGGCCCGGGUAGUCCUUCAGAAGAGAGCCAUCCGCCACAGAGACCCAUACAGCCUCACAUCCCAAGCAAGGCUGCCAGGUUGGCAGGCAUCGAUACCAGAGACACACCGCCUCGAACAGCAGCUCCCGUCGCUCGCCAGACUGCGUAUGAAGAGGCAGUUACUGAUGACGAUGAUGACGAUGAUUCAUUAUUCCCUCCCACUAUGGUUGGGAACAGAGAUGUUGCCGCAGCCGCUGCUGGAAUGAAUGGUGCUCAUGCAACAGCCGGGAAGCAACAGCUCGUGCAACGUGACCAUCGACAACAACCGGCCCAAGAGCCAUCUCGUCACACUGCGGCCGUGCCAAGUCAGAAAGGGGGCCUAGCCCCUCAUAUUUACGGACUGUACAGGCGACCGAGGUACCUUGACGAAUGGAAGACUGGGACAACUGGAACCCUAGCUGGAACUCUACUUGACCUAACUGAAGACCACCUCCCGGUGAUUGAUAAGAACACACCGUGGUGGGAAGGUGGCGGCAACCGACGAAGGUCCAGCGUCAACUCCCGACCCAGGAAGGCGGAAGCCUUUGACGGCGAAUAUGACGAGAACGCACCGACGCGAUUCAAACCGCCGCUGUAUCUCAAGUGCGGUCCGUUGCUGCGCUACUGCGGCAUCAGGCACGAGAAGGCCCCCGCCUCCCGUUCAACGCGCAGCAAUGUUUCCGCUUCCGACAGGGAGAUUUGGAGAGGCUCCGUCAUGAUCGUAACCCAGGACUCUGAGUCCAAGUAUGGCAUUGCUCCGACUUUGCGACUCUUCCUGCAGCCGAUAGAGCUCCUACCCCCGCCCCCUCAGGAGCUCCACGGCGGACAGUCCCUUCCUCCUGAGCAUGUCGAUCCCAUAGCUGGCAUUCCGAAGGUCGGAAGGCGGGGAGAGACGCUUUACGCCCGCCCGGUCGAGCAUCUAGACGAGGCCAAAGAUCUUUCUAGGGACGAGACGGACGAGGGUCUGUUCGAGUCUGCAAGGAGCCCGCCUGAUUGUCCACUGCCCGACGGCGCGACCGACCUUCCUGGGUCGUUCUCUAGUCGCUUGCGACGCGCCGAGACCGACGGAGAACGGCUGUCCAAGUACAAAGACGUUCGGGGAUUCCGCCUGCAUGCUGAGAGGGGAUACACCUUUUGGCGGUUCAAUAUUGAGGUGGAACUCCGCGAGACACAGCAGCGGAUUGCGUACCGCAUCAACAGGGGUCCGGCGACGGGCUUCUGGGUCCCCGCGCGAGGCCAGUCGAUGAACAUCAUGUUCCACAGCUGCAACGGGUUCAGCAUGAACGUCAACCCGGAUGACUUGAGCGGUCCAGAUCCUAUGUGGCGCGACGUCCUCAACACCCAUCAAACGCAGCCCUUCCAUGUCAUGAUCGGUGGCGGGGACCAGGUUUAUAAUGACUGUCUGGUAGGCGAGAGCGAGUUGUUUAAUAGGUGGCUAGACAUCGAGGAUCGACAGCAGAAACGCACCGCACCCUUCACACCGGAGAUGCAGGAAGAGCUCGAGUGGUUGUAUCUUGAGCGAUACUGCCAGUGGUUCUCCCAGGGCUUGUUUAGCCUCGCCAACUCGCAGAUUCCCAUGGUUAACAUGUGGGACGACCAUGACAUCUCGGACGGCUAUGGGUCCUACGCGCACGAAGAUCAGAACUCGCCUUGCUUCGCCGGUCUCGGCGCGGUGGCUUUCAAGUACUACAUGCUGUUCCAGCAUCAGAGCAUUCCGGAUGAGCUGGUUACGACGGAGCCGAGCUGGUUACUCGGGCAGAAGCCGGGGCCUUAUAUCAACGAACUGAGCCGCAGCUUGUUCAUGUCCCUGGGCGCCAAGGUUUCCCUGCUGGCCGUGGAUGCCCGCACGGAGAGGACCGCGUCCGACGUUGUCAGCGAGGAUACAUGGAAAUUGAUCAUGGACCGGUGUUACGAGGAGGUCAAGCGGGGCGCCACGGACCAUCUACUGGUGCUCCUUGGUGUGCCGAUUGCGUACCCAAGAAUGGUUUGGCUUGAAAAUAUCUUGACGUCACGGAUUAUGGACCCCGUCAAGGCCAUCGGCAAGCUCGGCCUGCUCGGCAAGGCGUUGAACCGCAUCGACGACGGAGUGGAAGUCCUGGAUGACCUGAACGAUCACUGGACCUCGUCUGGCCACAAGAAAGAGCGAGCUGUCGUGGUCGAAGAUCUCCAAGACUUGGCCGCCGACAAGUCGGUGCGCGUCACCAUCCUCAGUGGCGAUGUUCAUCUGGCGGCCGUGGGCCAGUUCUAUGCCAACCCCAAGCUUGGACUACCUAAACACAAAGACUUCCGCUAUAUUCCUAACAUUAUCUCAUCCGCCAUCGCCAACGCGCCGCCGCCGAAUCUAAUCGCUGACGUACUCAACAAGCGCAACAAGGUGCAUCAGUUUGACGAGAACACCUUCGAAAGCAUGAUACCGUUGUUCCAAGACGGCGUCGACGGCAAGCCGAGGAACAACAAGCACUUGCUUCCCCACCGUAACUGGUGUUCCAUUAGGGAAUGGAAACCCGGAAUGACGCCACCUCCAACGCCGCCUUUGCCGGAUGACGAUGAAUACACCGGCCCGCAACCUCCGGCUCCCAUGAACGGCGGUAGUGGUAUUACGCGUCGGUCGUCUAAGUCUCAAAAGACGCCGGCAGAGCGCGAUCAGCGACCGCCCACUUCAGGCGGUCGCAUUGGUAGCCUGUUCCGCCGCUUUUCACGGCGCGGCUCGGUCUCCUCCCCCCAGCAGCCAACGCCUUCAGCUCCCGUGACUCGGACGAUGUCCCUGACGCGCGGCGAGUUCACCCCACGAGGUUUCUUUGGAAGCCGCGGACAGCGUAACAAGCGACCGGAUGAUGGCGGUAUUAACGGGCAAUGGGGCGACUCGGAGAGCGGCGUCGACGAUGAUCCCUAUGGCGGCGCGCCCGACAUCCAGAGAGGGAUGAGCCUCCGCGGUGGCAGCGGAAGGCCUCAGAACGACGAAUAUGCUCCGGGAGACGAGCAAUAUUUCACGGCGAGGCCAACGGAAGUGACGCCACAUGCGAAGCAGGAGCCCGAAGCGCCCAUCAAGCCUUUCCUCCGUACGCCGACGGGCCUGUCGACGAAGCAAAUCAAGAAGGGCGGGGCUGCAGCGUACCAAGUCGACUUGGAGGGCGGGCUCGAUAUCACGAUAAACGUCGAGGUCAACGCCCGAGAUCCCGCCGGCAUCACGGUACCGUACCGGCUCCUCGUGCCGCGGCUGUUCUGGGAUGAAGACGAGGACGGACAAGCACUGGAGGCACCGCCGCCACCUGCGCCGACGGGGUUUAAGCGGUUCUUGAGUUUCAGGAAGAAGCAGAAACAGGCGGAACCUGAGCCGCAGGCCAUACCACAUUCGCAGUCCGUGCCGGUGAGCCAGGAGCGUGUCGCCGGCGGCAGUGGAGGCGGAGGCGGCAGAAUGAGCUUCGACGUGGGGCCCGGGCAACAAUACCAAUACCAACCCCCGCCACAACAUGCACGGCCUACGACGUCUCGGGGCGAGAGGCCACCGCCGCAGUUCUAUUACCCAGCUCCUCCCGCUGCCCCACAAAACCAACAGCAGUAUCCAGGAUACCAAUUCGAGAGCGCACCUCCUGCCGGCCGGGAGGUGAUAGAUUAUGAUGAUUACGAUUCUGAUGCCGAGAACGGUCGAUACGACAACCCGCCGGGCAGGUACCAAUACGAAAGUUGAAAGAGGUCUCUGGAUACCCCUAUGAAGACGGGGGCCUCUCUAGUCGUUUUGGAUUUAUAUUUUUCCGUCUUGGAUUUAGAGGACGCUUAAUUUUAGCAUUUCAGUCAUGUAGCAACAUACAUAGCACGGUGUUUUGUGUUCCUCAUUUAGUCUGCCAAAUAGAAACGAGCGCAUUUGUUAUUUUCCAACCGCAGCUGUCUAAACGGAUCACAGAAGUUCUAAUUGCCGAGAUGGGAAGAACGGACAGAGGCCAUCGACGUACCCAAUUUGAUCUCGAAAUCUCAAAGAGGCAUAUGAUGAGGCAUGUCACAACGCCAGAUUCACAGUCAAAGGGGGAGAAGGCUU